AUAUCAAGAAAGUUGUUCUGUCAGCAACAUACAAAGAAAAAUCAUGGCUUAUGUCUCUCGUAGCUGUGGCUCCUCGAAGAUCGUUACUCGAGAACGUGGAUGGUUGCAUUGUAUCUGCCUGGUCCAGCUACUAGUUCUACUCUUGGAAACGACGACCGUAUCAUGGUCUCUGAACCUCAACAGGCGACGAGGACGCACUGAGACUGCAGCCACUUCUUCCGUCGGGGAUUAUGGUGGGGUAACAAGUCGCGACAGUGAAGGUGGAUCAGCAUCUAGUUCUAGCGACUCUAGCGAACAACCAAGAGGUAGAUCAACAAGAGCAGGUACCAGAGUUGGAAAGAGGUACCCGACUCCACCGUUGGAGAUCCUCGCAGAGCGUUUAGCUGAGCUGAAUCUUGGAGGAGAGGAGGGUGCAGAAAGUGGAAGUGACUCCACGAAGAUUUUUGGGAGGUCGACGUCCACGUCCAGAGCUACACCUACACACUCCCGAGCACUUUCUGAGCCAUUAUUAUCGGCACACAGGACUGCAAAUGGCGGGAACGUGAUUGGGUCAAUUCCUCAAGUAGAGCAGUGUAACUCUAACUGGCAUCGGAGGAGUCGGUUGCGGCAGACGAGCAAAGAAUGCUGCCACCAUCAAAGUAGUCGAACAACGAAUCCGCGAAAGCGUCUCACCAAGGCUUUCUCCACUCUCAAGGCAAGCAUACGAAGAAAACUACAACAACUUCCGAAUUUGGAGGAGAAGACACAAACGUUGCUGUUAUUGGGUUUGCUUCAAGGUCUCAUUUGCCUUCCCGAUAACACAGUGAAUAUGCUGCUGGUGCCGAAAAUCGCUGAGAGCUUAUCGACGAAAGACUCAGUUCUAUCAGCCGAUGACUUCUUGGUGGGCUGGAAGAGCAGUGUCGGAGGUGCGUUGUCAGUGAUUCUAUCACACGCUUAUGGGCAGUUGGUGGAGAAAAAGGCUUCUUCUGUUCCUGCGGGAGAACAAGAGGAUGAUGUGGUAGUGCCUGUUCACCUUGAAACUAAUAUGACAGAAGAUUUCAGCCCAAGAAGGAGAAAUGUUGAUCUGACACCUGAGGACGCAGACACGCAAACUCAGAAGACUUCUCAGGUCUGUAAAAAGAGCAACAACUACAACGGCAACAUCCAGUCACAGCUGAAGCUCUUGCAAAAAGUUGCUACAGGAAGUGCAUUUUCCAGUGCGGUGGUGGUGUUGCUUGGCAUGAACACAGCGAUUGAAGAAUUGUUGUCCUCGAGCAGUAGGAGUGCGAGUGAAGAGAAACAGAAAUUGGACCAAGAAGAAGUCAUAGCCUUCUACUGGCUCAAUAACUGGCUGUGUGGAGGUAUACAAGGUUUUAUGGUGCCAAUGAUCGGAACUAUCAUCAAAGAGCUCUAUGGAGGUGGGGGUGGUGGUGAACAAGGUCAUGAUGAGGAGGCAAGCCAUGCACUGAAGGAUGACGAGCAACAGGAUCAUUUGAUGGAGCCGGAUCGUGUAGGUCCAGACCAUGCGCCAAGAAACAAGACAACUUCUACAGCACAAGAAGCAGCAGCCUCGAAGACGACUGCACAGCAAGCCGCCUUAGCCAAAUUGCCGUUGUUUACUAGUGCGAUUCCGGGUUUAGCACAAUACCUUGCCGCUUGUGGAUCCUAUGAACGAUGGAUAAGCAACAUCGCGAUUACGAACGCCUGUAUCAUUUCUGCAGCUUUAGCUUUAUCUUCUCGUAGUGCAACGACGACUGACGAGGAAGAUGGAGUGCGGUGCGGGGGGAGUGUAAAAGGCUCUUGUGAUUGUGAAAACCCUGAAGACCAACUCAGGGCCGCACGUGAGCAUUUUUGUUCCCGAGGACGACAAGUGAGUAAGAAAGACCAGCACGAAGACAACUUGAUGCCCUAUAAUUGUGAUGACACACGACCAGAAACACCAAGUACUAUGUACUAUCCUUCUCCACCUCCAGAUUCUACAGUUGCACGCAGCUUUUUGCAAUCUAAAAAUAUGGGAGAGGAAGAAGCUGAUCCUGUGGAAGAGGAACAAGAAGCUGAUCAUGAUGAUGAUGAGGAAGAGGAAGAAGGUGAUCAUGAUGAGGAAGAGGAAGAAGCGGAUCAUGAGGACGAGACGGAGACGGGAGAGGCGUCAGCAUUCUCAAGAAGUGCCGCUAGAAGUAGAGCUGAAAAUGAGUAUCAUGAGCAGGAAGAAGCAAAGAGUUGCUCUCCUGCAGAGGAAGUAGAAGCAAAGAGCAGUUCUGGAGCUCUUGAUCUCGAAUGUGGAAAAUUAUCUCAGAGAUCAGAGUCAUCCUCAAGGGAG